AUGACUAGCGCCCGGAAGCCCUUGCGCCUAAGAGCUGCGUGCAAUCAGUGCUAUGCCGCAAAGCUCCGCUGUAGCGGCGAAAAGGAAGGAUGUGACCGUUGUCGCCGAAAUGGACUUUCUUGUGAAUAUCAGGUGUCGAUGGUAGGUCGGGCAUCGAAGAAACGACGACCAGACUCGAAUUACCAAAUUGAGCUUGAACCUCCUUCCCAGCAUAUACCGGAUGCUUGUGUGUUAGGAGAUCUUACUGGUACGGUGGAUGAAAUGAUGAAUGAUGGACACGAGCCGCCUUUUUUCGAAAUGGGCAAUUUUAUAUCGUACUCUACCGGGUCUGAGACCGAUGCUGAUUUGCAAACACUAUUGAAUGACUACCCUGAUUUACCGUUUCUCUCUUCCGGCGCAGCUCACUCCUCAACGGCGUCGGAGCACUUGAUAACUGGGCUCCAUCGUGAUAUUAAUGAGACAUCGAGCUCCGAGGGUAUAUCCAGGACUCCUGGGACACAGCAAAUAACGCAGGUCACUCCACAUAUACCAAUCAUACCUGAGAAUCAGACACUGGAGAUCGUGCGAUCACGACUAGCAGAACAGACCGAUUCAAGGGUCCCUCCAGUGUAUCGUGACCGUUCCAAAGUCUCACAGUACCCACAUGCAGCGGCUUUAAUGAGAAUCAUCGAAGGCUUGGAAGAGCAACUUCAAAUAUCUACUAUUCCAAUUGAUCAAGCAAUGCGGCUAAAUCGACGGGCUAUGGCUAAGAUCCGAGAAGUAGGGGAUACCGAGGGGUUUCGUCAAUGCAAUAGUUGUCCACUCUUGGUAAUGACAAUUAUGGACUUAGUACUGGGACUAUAUGAGCUCGUCAUUGUAUCUAUUCAUCAUCCAUCAGAUCAAGGCGAUUCUUUGUCUCCACUAGAUCCCAAUACUCAGAAUUUUGAGAGUGGGAAAUUGAGUGAUACGUCCAGGGCCAGUCCCAGAUCGAAUAUUAGUGGAGAUUCAGGGCCGCCAAUAUUUCAAUUUGGAUGUCUUGAAUUCGACCCCGAUGAACAGGAGAUGUUUCGGAUUGCGCUUGUGCGACGUGAUUUGAGGAGAUGUGUCGAGACUCUCCAGUGGUGUGGGAAUGAGGUUCUGCCAAGGCAUAAUAGACAGGUUGCGAGUCUGCGUGGAAGUGAUGACGGUGUAUCUCGACCGGCGAAAGUGUCAAGUGGUGCUGUCCAGACUCAGUGGUAUCAAGAGAUGGGGCAUCGGGCUAAGGAGAUUCUGGUUGCUCUUCCUGCUAAGUGUGGCCAUCAGUGA